UCCUCUCCCGAAGUCGUUGCCAUCCAUCCACGCUGGACAUGUUGGACUAGUCGCUGUGUGCACGCGCGCGUGUAUGAGUGUGAGUGGAGGAGGAGGGGGCUCGACCAACUAUGUGGAUGAGGCCGCGCUGCACGUCGUUACGCCCCUGCACGCUCCAAGUCAGACGGCUCCUUCUCGUCGCGUCUUCUCGUCUGCCGGCUGCCUCUCUUUCAGCACCACUCCUUUAAGGACAGCAGCGCACACCCCCUUCCGCCGUCCUCCCAUCCUUCCAUCUAGCCCUCCUUCUUCCUCUUCUUCUUCAUCCAUCCGUCCAUCCUCUACCCUCGGGAUCAUUUACUCGCCAGCGAGCGCAUCGGAUGCAAACAUUUCCAGUCAAGACGCACAAAAAAGUGCAAGGAAUAACUUUUUGGGGAUUUAUUUCCACCGGGAAGACAACAUAAUCAACUUUAACCGGGGGGACCGAGAAGCUGCGUGACCCGAACCGGUGCUGCUUAAGUGGUGCCCUUCCUCCUUCUCAUCCUCUUCCUCCUCCACCUCAUUCCUUCGUCCCCGACGCCAACAUGGCCACGAACGGGACCAAAGCGUCGGACGGCCACGUCCUCACGGAGACCGUGAGCGAGCCGCCGACGAGCACGGCCAACGACAAACCCAAAACGCUGGUGGUGAAGGUGCAGAAGAGCAAAAAGGACAUACCCGAGAGAGAAACAUGGGGCGGAAAAUUUGACUUCUUGCUCUCGUGUGUGGGAUACGCAAUCGGACUCGGGAAUGUGUGGAGAUUUCCUUAUUUGUGUGGAAAGAACGGAGGAGGAGCCUUCUUGAUUCCCUACUUUUUGACCUUGAUAUUUGCUGGCAUGCCCCUCUUCUUUCUGGAGACGGCUCUGGGUCAGUACACGUCUAUUGGGGGGCUCGGAGUGUGGAAGCUGGCUCCCAUGUUCAAAGGUGUCGGUCUGGCGGCUGCUGUUCUCUCCUUCUGGCUUAACAUAUAUUACAUUGUCAUCAUUUCCUGGGCUAUUUACUAUCUGUACAACUCCUUCACCGCUGAUCUGCCAUGGCAGACUUGUGGUAAUUCUUGGAACACAGACCGCUGCUACACCAACUACAGCAUCCCCGACACCAGGAACCUCACAAGCGCCGUGGUGGAGUUCUGGGAACGCAACAUGCACCAGCUGACCGAUGGCCUGGAGAAGCCCGGAGAAGUCAGGAUCCCGCUGGCCAUCACCCUGGCCAUCGCCUGGGUGCUGGUCUAUUUCUGCAUCUGGAAGGGGGUCAGCUGGACCGGCAAAGUGGUGUACUUCUCAGCCACAUACCCUUACUUUAUGCUGUUCAUCCUGUUUUGUCGAGGGAUCAGUCUGCCUGGAGCUAUAGAUGGAAUCCUCUUCUACAUCACACCAGACUUUGAAAAACUGAAGGAGUCUGAGGUUUGGUUGGAUGCUGCCACUCAGAUCUUCUUUUCCUACGGCCUGGGAUUGGGCUCUCUGAUCGCACUGGGUAGCUACAACCCCUUCAACAACAAUGUAUACAGAGAUUCUAUCAUUGUCUGCUGCAUCAACUCCUUCACCAGCAUGUUCGCGGGCUUUGUCAUCUUCUCCAUUGUGGGAUUCAUGGCCAACGUGACAAAGAGACCCAUUGCUGAUGUGGCAGCCUCAGGACCUGGCCUGGCAUUUUUGGCUUAUCCCGAGGCUGUCACCCAGCUGCCAGUCUCCCCUCUGUGGGCCAUCCUCUUCUUCUCCAUGCUGCUAAUGCUAGGAAUCGACAGCCAGUUCUGCACCGUGGAAGGCUUCAUCACCGCCCUGGUGGACGAGUUCCCUCAUAUUUUGCGGAAGCGCAGGGAGAUUUUUAUCGCCAUUGUCUGCCUCAUCUCCUACAUCAUUGGACUGUCUAACAUCACACAGGGUGGCCUGUACGUGUUUAAGCUCUUUGACUACUACUCAGCCAGCGGGAUGUGUCUGCUCUUCCUUGUCUUCUUCGAGUGCGUCUCCAUUUCGUGGUUCUACGGCGUGAAUAAGUUCUACGACAACAUCGAGGAAAUGGUUGGCUACCGGCCCUGUCUGUGGUGGAAGGCCUGCUGGGUUGUUUUCACGCCGCUCAUUGUGGCCGGAGUGUUUCUGUUCAGUGCAGUGCAAAUGGUACCCCUCACCAUGGGCGACUACGUGUUCCCAGCCUGGGGUCAGGGUGUCGGGUGGUUAAUGGCCCUCUCCUCCAUGAUCCUCAUCCCUGGCUACAUGGGCUACAUGUUCCUCACACUCAAAGGCACAUACAAAGAGCGUCUGAGGAUGAUGAUCAAGCCGGUGGUGCUGGUGAAGGCUCAGGAAAACGGCCCCGAGCAGCAGACGGAAAGCCAGAACCAGAACCCCGCCACCGAGGAGGCGUACAUCUAAAACCUCGUGAGCGUCUCUCUUGUCUCAGUGGUCCUCCGUCGGGCUCCGAACACGCCCCACAAGAAGCGGAAUCAAGGUUGGGAACGACCACCAGACGUCCACGUCUGCUUUCAUUCACCUACCUCCUGGGGACAUGUGAGACCAACCUGAGCACAUUUAUUAUUAUUAUCAUAUUAUUAUUAUGAAAUCUUUUUUUUUUUUUUUAAUUUUUUUUUUUUAUUCUUGUACCAUAUGGAGGAAACUACCCAGCCAACGUGUUGUGUAAUUAUAAAGUUCAUCAUGCAAAAAAAAAAAAAAAAAAAAAAAAAAACAUUUAAAAAAGAUAUUUUAGCAAAAAGUAUGAGUUAGGAAAUAAAACUAUAUGAAAAUAUAUUGUUUUAAUCCGGAGGCCUGCACUGACUCAACAGUUUACCUGUUGGACUACAAUUACUGUACAAAGACAAAUAUCGGGUUCAAUGCAUUUUUGCUUGCACAUUUAGUAAAUACAUGAAAUAGAUGCCGUGUUUUAGGUGAGAUUUCAAAUUAAAUAUAUGGAAGUGGAAAGCGAAUGGGGCCAAAUAUGAUUCAUCCAGAGUAUUCAUUUCAAAAGUUUCCCAGCCACGUCUGGGGGCUUACACCUUUGAAAAGCACAAGAACAGUUUGACAAGUUUGAAAAAAAAAAUAAAAAUGUACUUCAGUAGGAUAUGUAGCAAAAGACUGUCAUCACUGCUGACAGUUUGGUCUUGUUUUUCUGAAGAACAAUUACUGUACAGCGUGUUGUCGGAAUCCUUUGUUUUGUUUUUUUGUAGAAUAACUUCGAGGUAGUUUUGUAUAUUUGAGACAGAGAAGGACCAAACACAAGCACACGCCAGUUUGAACAUUACAGGUGCAAAGUCAAUAAUAGCAUGCUGUAAAGUGGCCACCUCUCGCAGCCUGUCGAUCAUGGCGACAUCCCAUUGUGUACUAUAAUUCUGCAAGCAUCCAGUUCAGAGUGUGAAAUUGUCCUCGAGCAGGGCUGUGACUGACUAUAUGAUGGGUUUCUAUGACACGUACACUAUAUUUAGGAACCCACUCCUCAGGAACAAAGGUGGAUGUGACCAAAUGCUCCCGGAUGUGAUACGCUGAAGCAGUUUGUGUUAUAUAAAUACAUAUUAUAAAAAAGAGGUAUACGGUAGUUCCUCAUUAAAUGGCCGCAGAUGAGGAAGAAGUGUGUAUUAAUGGAGAGGCCUUUAUUUGUACAAACAUAUUUUUUUCCAAUGAUAUUAAACAAUGAUUAUGAGCGUAGUAUUUAUUAAAAUGUAUAUCAUGUGAAAAUUCAGUUUAUAUCAAUAUAAAAAGGACUAUUAUGCAUAAACAGCUAGAACCCAGGCCAGACUGGGCAAAACAAAACAUAAAUGCAUAUAACAUUGUGAAGUGACCUGAACAUAACGGAACAUAAACACUGACAACAUUAUGGCGUGAUGGCAUUAGUGUUAAAAAAAAAUGCCAUCUCCACAUAAAAGAACAUAAACAUUGCGGAGCGACUCACAUAAAAGCACAUAAACAUGGCUGCUCACAACAUUGCGGAGCGACUGCAUGUUAGACUACUGUAAUGCUAACUGUCGCUAAAGUCCUUGUCUCUAUGUAACAUUAUAUCAUCUUUCAUAAUGUGAGGGGAACUAGUUUACAACAUUGUGGAGUGACCACGUGUCAGAAUAAAAAUGUCAUCUCCACACGACAGAACAUGAAAAUGGACACGCAAAACAUUGUGAAGUGACUAACUCUCACUGUCUGCUAGAAUGCUAGUCCUUGUUAAAGACGCAACUGUCUCAACUCAACAUGAGACGGAUUGUUUUUUUUUUUCUGUAGGUGCUACUGUUUUGGUUAGCAACAGAGUUAAAACAGUUUGGGCUAAGGCUUUAGGUUCCGUGUGUGAACAAUAGACAUCUAAUUGAGGAACAUGUUUAUUAAUCUCAAGUGGGUAUUUGAGGUACGGCCACUAUUUGAGGAAAUACACAGUAAUGAAAAUGUCACCUUCUCUACGAAAAAUCUGACCUGUGAUCUUUGAAAAACAGAUCCAAAUCUUGUGUGUCUUUGUGUGGGUGUGCGUGUGAACUGCGAUGGAGAGAGGUGAUUUCCACAGUGGUUGGAAUCCGUCGAAAUCCUAGGGACUCCUUUUCGUAGGCUAAAGGAAAACCUAUUAUUACAUAUCAAGUUAUCACGGCAAUAUGAAGUAAAGAAAUAAAGGACUGACUUUUUUGUGAGCGAUUGCAAGUGUAUUACCUGAAUUUUCCCUCUGGGGAUCAAAAAAGAAUAUCUUGUCUUAUCUUAUUACUGUAAAGACAGAGUUUAAGAAAUAAAUAUUGAGUAUAUAAUUAUAAUAAGAUAUGCUUUUGUGGCAGCUACAUGCGACAGGAAUCAGGUUGAAUCCCUCCCGUUCGGUUCUUUUUUUAUUUAUGUAUUUUCUUUCAAAGUAUGUAAAUGAAAAUGCGCAACAACGACGACGAAGGAUUCGGUGCGUUUUUUGUACAAAGUUACCAUACUGCAGUUUUCUCUCUUGAAUGAUGUUGUAAACUGGACUGUGUAAUACAUGUAUCCGUGAAUGUCCGUACAACCUGACUUUUUUUUUCUCUUUUCUUCUGUCGAUUCAAUGUGGAACAAAAAAAGGAACAGAAAAAGAAAGUGUAUGAUUUGCUGUUUUCCGCAAUAAUAUUAUCAUCUCGGAAAAACUAAAGCACAUUUCUCUCUCCGCUGUACAAACGAUCAUAACAGAAUAGAGUAAUACUGAAGAUGAUAAUAAAAAUGUAAUAGAAAUGUCUAGUCAGAGAAUAUUGUUUUGUAUAUUUUUAGCUGUUUCUUGAGCCUGAUGUAAAAUAUUAUAUGUAAAAAAAUAUAUAUAAUAAAUGUCUUUAGAUGUGUUCUAUGAAAAAGCAUGAUUGCAAUAUAUGUUAUCUGCAAAAAUAAAUAAAGACCUCUAGAUUAUAA